AUGGCUGCUUCGGUUAAAAUCGACCAACUUACUGGUGAUAAUUAUGAUACAUGGAAGAUCCAUAUGCGGGCUAUUUUGAAGAAAAAUGACCUGUGGGAUUAUGUGUCGGGCGCGAUACCGAAGCCUGCGAAAACUGACGCCAAGUUUGCCGAGUGGUGUAAAAUGGACGGUAAAGCCGAGUCGGACAUUUUGUUAGCUGUUAGCCCGAGCGAGUUAAUAGCACUGGAUGGAUUAGAUACUUCUAAACCUAUAUGGGACAAAUUAAAAUCAAUGUACCAGUCUAGUGGACCGGCACGGAAAGCAUCUUUAUUAAAGAAACUUGUCCUGACUCGUAUGCAAGAAGAAGAUGACUUGCGUAAACACAUAGCAGAUUUUUUCGAUGCUGUCAAAAAAUUAAAAGAAAUUGGUCUCGUAGUUAUUGAUGAACUGCUUGCUAUAUUAUUAUUGUACAGUUUACCCGAAUCCUUUACAAUGUUUCGUACGGCUAUGGAGUCACGGGAUGAUUUACCAUCUACAGAAAUAUUAAAAGUUAAAAUUAUUGAGGAUUAUGAAGGCAGAAAAUCGAAGGAGUCUGAUCAAGGGGCAUUGUUUGUGAAGCGUAACAAGGUGCAUACUUAUAAGAAAGGCGAAACGUACGUAACUAAAAACAAAAAUAAAAGUGAAUGUUAUCGUUGCGGUCGCUAUGGGCAUUAUGCGAAGGAAUGUAGAAGUAAGUACAUAAAGAAAACAAAACAAAGUGCGCAACAGUUAGAACGAAAAACUAGUGAACAGAAACACACAGGUAGUAUUAAUACAAUGCUUAGUACCACUGAAGAAGUGAUGUCAGGUGAACAUAAAAGUCAUGUGUGGUGCAUCGACAGCGGGUGCACAGGACAUAUGUGCAAUGAGAAGCAAAAAUUAAAGGGAUUUACGUAUGUAGACAGUGAAUUAAAUUUGGCCAAUAAUGAGAGCUCACGAAUUGCUGGAAAAGGUAAGGUGAGCAUUAAUAUGGACACAGGCCGCUGCCUGUGUCCACAUUAA